CAAUACCCGUCGAUGAACACAUUGCUAGGAUCCUCGGCUAAGGUUGUUCAUAUACGAGGUUAUGACAAGUGAUUACCUUACAAGAAACAUUAAGGGGCUAAAUGAUGGUAUGAAUGAUGGAUUCUAUCGUCGGUAACGUAAAGCGAAAGGUGACAAGCAAGCUUGACUCGGAGAUUCGGUCGCGACUAAAUGUCCCAGAAGGACUAAAGUCGGCGCUUCAUAUACCGGGAAUUGGAGAGAGAAAAGGACAAACAGACCCUGAUGAGAUACCUGUGGUAGACGACGAGUUCCUGUCGGAGGGAAAGAGGGUGGACUUUGUACUUGUGACAGUGUUCGAUUCGGAUGGAGAUAAGGCUAAAGAGAAUGAACGAAAAAGACGUUAUUUUGAACGAAGCUUACAGGAACAGGGACUUCUCAUUCAACGCGUUGAGCCUACAAUAAAAAAACAAGCAUGGGCUGGAUACGCGACGAAAGUCUCGUCGACCUUGUACAAAGCCUACAAGGAUAGGAGUCUAAAGACAGCAGCCGUAGGCUUGACAGAUGUGCUAGUCACUGCUUCCAAACCAAUUGCUGGAAAGAUCCUAGAAGACGCCGGAGUAAAUGAUAUCGGUGAGGAAACAUCCCAACAAGAGAAAAGCGCAUCUGGUGCUGAGAGCAGCGAUAGCAAACAAAAGCAGGGUUUUGCUGCCAAGAUGACGUCUUCUCUCCUCAAAGCAGCGAAAGAUGAAGAUUUCAAGGCGUUUCAGUCAGAUCUCACGGAUGCUGUAGUAAAUACCGCUAAGCCGGUGGCGCGUAAAGUGGCUGAACAAAGCGGACUUCCUGAUAGCUUUGGUGCAGGGUUACAGCACGAGCGCCCUGCCCAAAAAGAAAAGGAAGGCUGUGAAGAUGUUAAAAGUAGCGUGAAAGAUGAGGGUAUAAGUUUUGCAAGCAAGAUGACGUCCUCGCUAUUCAAGGCUGUAAAGGAACGCGACCUAGAUGCUCUGCAAGGGGUGACAGAUGCGGUAGUGACAGCGAUACAGCCGAUGGCAGGCAAGGUUACCGAGCAAGUUGAAGGUGCUGUAGGUGUUGAUCUAAGUGCUGCCCUAGGCGUACAACCAGGACAGGAUAUUGGCAAGGAUGGUAACUCCGGGGAAGAUACGAGUGACACAGAUGCAAAGAAAGAAGGUAUUGGUUUAGGAAAGUUGUCUCUACUCAAGGCAGCAACAAAAGGUAACUUCGAAGCAUUUCAGUCCGAGAUUGCGGGGGCUCUCGGCAAAGCAACGGAAUCUAUAAAAGACCAGAUGGUGAAACAGGCUGGAGACUCAUUUGGAGUUAGGCCUGAUCUGCUUGAUCUGUCAGUCGGCAAAGGCGAUGACGGAGAAGACGGCGGUUUGGAUAGCACGGGUGACGAAGGCGCUGUUAAGAAAAAGAGAUUUGCUUCAAAGAUGGCGUCUACUUUAUUCAAAGCUGCAAAGGAAGGCGAUCUUAAAGCCAUACAAACCCACCUAAGUGAUGCAGUAGAAACAGUCGCCGAGCCAUUAGUGGAGAAGAACGCCGACCGACUUGAAGAUGCUGUUGGUGUUUUGGGAUCAGAAACUGACGAUGGAAAACAUGAUGUGAUUGAUGAUAUAACAGAAGAUGGUUGUGCGAAGAAAAAGGGUGUUGCUUCCAAGAUUGCGGGUUCAUUGUUCAGGGCUGCAAAAGAGGGCGAUUUCAAAGCCAUACAGACCGCUCUGACGGAUACAGUAGAAACAGUUGCCAAGCCAUUGAAAGAAGCUAUCACGGAUAGCGCGUUGGACGAAAAGGAACAUGCUUACCAAGACAGUCAAGAUAUUGAAAAGGGUAAAAGUUUUGCAAGCAAGAUGACGUCCUCGCUAUUCAAGGCUGUUAAGGAACGCGACCUUGAUGCUCUGCAGAAAGGGGUGACAGAUGCGGUAGUGACUGCGGUUAAGCCGAUGGCAGGCAAGGUGAUCGAGCAAACUGAAGGUGCCGUUGAUCUAGGUGCUACGCUGGGCCUAAAGAGUGAACUGAUGGGUGCUAUUGGGAGAGAAGCAUCAAGGAUAUCGCCUUUGGAAUUAAAGGGAAAAGGUGAUGAAGAAGAGCCUGAAGAGAUAAAUAAGCAAGGUGAUAGCAAGCAAGCAGUAUUGGUGGAUAUGGGGGUCGUAGAACGUCGUCUGGAGUCUAAUGGGUCAGGGGAAGAUUCUCUGCAGGCAGGCGUAGGAGUGAGUGAUACGAGAAAUGGUGAGAGAUGGGAUAUUGGUGGUCCUGGGACAUCUAAAAGUGGUGGCUUAAGGAAAGAGAAGCUAAAGGAAGACGCGAGCGAGAGUCGUGUAAGUGAGGGUGAGGAAUGGGAUAUUGGUGGUCCUGGGACAUCUAAAAGUGGUGGCUUAAGGAAAGAGAAGCUAAAGGAAGACGCGAGCGAGAGUCGUGUAAGUGACGGUGAGGAAUGGGGUAAUGGCGUCGUUCCUGGGACAUCUGGAAGGGGAGGGUUACGAGAGAAGACUCUGGAGGAAGACGGGAGCGAGGGUGUUGUGAGAGAGGUUGAAGGCGACGUUGGAGUUCCUGGGACAUCGUCGGAGGACGCCGAGUCUGGAAGAAGUGAUAAUAACGUGGACUUCAUUGGUGGUGACAAGAAAACCAAAAAAAGAAGAAAUGGGAAAAACAAGAAAUUGUCGCUACUGUAUACUCUUAUUCACGCCCCGUGGGAGCCCCUGGCCACAUGUGCCGAGAAUAUUAUGCUCCGAGUACCUAUCCAUGAAGCCGAGGACCAAUCGAACACUUCCGAAAACAGCUGGAUACCCAAUCGAUUCAACUUCGCUGUCAUCGAUAAUCCAACGGUUAGAAAAGAAAAAAGGUGCAUUAACGACUUUUUCACUAUCGAUAAGUUUAACAAGAAGAAGUUUCUGAUCAAAGACAAGGAUAAUUUUUUCAGCGGUGUUGACAGAAGUCGGAUGGUUUUUCACAUCAUGCUGUCAGCGCAUUUUUCCGAGCACGAGGAAGACUUCGGAAUCCAACGACUUCUCCGCGAGGAAGUUUACGAUGACGCUUACAAUCUCCACGACGGAGAUGUCAAUAUCUUAGCUCUUGGCGACAAACUGCCGAACAAUGACCGACAGCGACUUGUCAAAGACUGGGCGUCAUUUCAUCGGUGGUACAAGUACCAGCCAUUGGAUGCAAUCAAGAAUUACUUCGGUUCGCGGAUAGCGAUGUAUUUUGCGUGGUUGGGUACCUAUACUAUGAUGCUGAUAAGCGCGUCAAUCGUAGGCCUGAUCUGCGUUCUGAUUGGUUUAUUCACAACCACAGACUACCCGCCCGUCCAGGACGUGUGUAAUCUUGACAAUAGUGAGCUUUUCUAUAUGUGUCCCUUGUGUGAUCGUAACUGCAGCUUCUGGACGCUUACACGGAGCUGCAAGUAUGCCAAGUAUUCACACGCUGUGGAUUACCGAGGAACUGUGUUCUUUGCUGUUUUUAUGUCUUUCUGGGCUGUGGUAUUUCUGGAGGUCUGGAAGAGACAUCAGGUGACCCUUGCAUACCAGUGGGACCUGACGCACUUUGAAGACUUCGAGCCACCGCGCCCCGCGUUCAUAGCUACCGCCAAAAAGCGCCGCGUCAACCCUGUGACGGGAAAGCUAGAGCCUUACGUGUCGCGGGUGGUACGCGCGGGUCGGUACACGGUCGCCGGCGUCGCCAUUACUAUGAUGAUCCUGUUGGUGUUCGUCUCAGUGUUUGGCGUCGUCGUGUAUAAGACGAUCGUGCUGACUGUCAUGUGGGCCACCACGAGCAUGUUUCUAAAGGAAAACAGUCGCAUUUACACGUCGUUGACGUCUGCCGUGCUUAAUUUGUUGUCGAUCGAAGCACUUGGAAAGCUUUAUUCCAAGCUAGCGUUCGCGCUGACCGACUGGGAGAACCCGCGCACGCGCACUGAGUACCAGAAUAUCCUGACGGUGAAGAUGUUCCUGUUCCAAGCGGUCAACAUGUACUCCUCAUUCUUCUACAUCGCCUUCUUCAAGACCAGCCUAAUCUCAGGGAUACCGGGCAAUUAUCGCCGGAUAGCGGACACUCGGAUUCAGGGCUGUGACCCAUCGGGUUGCCUAAUGGAACUGUGCAUACAACUGGCUAUUUUACUAGGCGGAAAACAGUUCCAUAACCAACUCAAAGAGAUCCUUAUACCCACACUAAAGCGUUUAUGGAAUGACCGAUCCCACCGCAAAAUGUCAGAGCUGCUGCCAACGGAAGAAACCACCACUUCUCCUCAGUGGGAACUGGAUCAACUGCUGACAGAGGAACCGGAGUUCAGAAUAUUUGAGGAGUACUUGGAGAUGGUUCUUCAGUUUGGCUUUGUGACGAUGUUCGUAGCUGCCUUUCCAUUGGCUCCCCUUCUAGCCCUUCUCAACAACAUCCUCGAGAUACGUUCCGACGCAAUAAACUUUGUGGUAAACUACCGCAGACCCACAGCAGAGCGGGCACAGAAUAUCGGUGCGUGGUUGGGUGUUCUGCAGUCAGUCAGCAUAGUAGCUGUCGUACUCAACUCAUUUGUCAUUGCGUUCACGUCGGAGUUUAUUCCAAGGCAAGUUUAUCGCUACGUAUACAGUCCAGACGGGACUUUGAAUGGCUAUGUGAACAACAGCUUGGCCUACAUUCAUGUGGACGACCUGGAACAUGAUACCUUACCGUUAGACUUCUACAAAAACGUCCCAUAUAACAAGUCGUACUGCCGGUUCAAAGAAUACGUGGCUCCCUACCCUCCCUACCCCUACACAAAACAGUUCUACUACGUUCUGGCUGCUCGCCUCGCUUUCGUGUUACUUUUCAACGGCUUCGUGUUCUUGACCAGCGGUUUCAUCGCAUGGGUUAUCCCGGAUGUGCCCUAUUCGAUACAGACCAAAAUCAAGCGAGAAGAAUUCCUCGCUAGAGAGACAUUGGCGCGUUCUCAAAUGAAUGAGGGCUCUGGUAGCACUGAUCGGGGGCUCGCAAAUGAGGAAGGCACAUUCCUGGAACAACCACGCGUGCCAACCAGAGUAAAACCAAACUUUCAUCAAAGUGGCUCAUUCGCCAACCACGCGCUCAAGCUACAGAUUGUGAUCACAUCUUCAGGAGACGCUGCUGUUGGAAGAGGCCCUGUCAGGAUUGAAAGCGAUGAGAGAGUGGACUGGGAAAGAGAGCCUGGGUAAAGCUAGGUAGAUUAUUUUUAGUUCUCUUUACAGAGGAUUUUAUUAUAACUUGGAAAGCAAAUACGGACUCUUAGUUCUUUAGUUACAGAUGUCUUUGAGAAAUAUGAAGGAAAAGUUAACAAAUUUAUUGCUACUUUUGUUACCAUGGGCAACUUGACUACUUGAAUUUAAAAUCCUUGAUGAGUUAUGACUACACUCGACGACUUAGCGAACACUUGACGACUUAGCGAUUACUUGAAGACCUGGCGAACACUUGACGACACAUGACCAGUAGGCGACCACUUAACGACAUGUGACGACUAUUCAAACACUUAGUGAACACUUGACGACCUAGCGAACACUUGACGACUUUGCGAACACUUGACGACCUAGCGAACACUUGACGACACAUGACGAGUUAGCGACCACUUCGUCACGACAUGUGACGAAGUAGCAAAAACUUAGUGAACACUUGACGACUUAGCGAUUACUUGACGACCUAGCGAACACUUGACGACUUAGUGAACAGUUGACAACUUAGCGAACACUUGACGACUUAUCGAUUACUUGACGACCUAGCGAACACUUGACGACACACGACAAGUUAGCAACCACUUAACGACAUGUGACGACUAACACUUAGUGAACACUUGACGACUUAGCGAUUACUUAAAGAUCUGCGAACACUUGACGACACAUGACAAGUUAGCGACCACUUAACGACAUGUGACGACUUAGAAAACACUUAGUGAACACUUGACGACUUAGCGAACACUUGAUGACACAUGACGACUUAACGACCACUCGAUGACAUGUGACGACUUAGCGAACACCUGUUGACACAUGACGACUUGGCGAAAACUUGACGACAUGUCGAGUUAGCGACCACUCGACGACAUGUGACGACUUAACGAACACACGACGACGUAUGCCUACCUAGCGAACAUUUGACGACACAUGACGACUUAACGACCACUCAACGACAUGUGACGAAUUAGCGAACACUUGACACAUGACGAGUUAGCGACCACUUGACGACAUGUGACGACUUAGCAAACACUUGAUGACCUAGCGACCACUUGACGGCAUGUGACGACUCAGCAAACACUUGACGACCUAGCGAACACUUGACGACACAUGACUACUUAGCGACACUUGAAGACUUAGUGAAGAUUGACGAGACAUGACGACUUAGCGACACUUGACGGCAUGUGACGACUUAGCAAACACUUGACGACAUAUAUCGACUAAGCAGACAUCUUAUCAUUUUUAUUAUUCCUGUUUGUAUGGCCAUUGAACACGUUUUAAUUUUUAAUUGGAUUUAGCUUCCCUUCGCUUGCACAGAAAAGUCAUUUUAAUCAGCUAUUAUACAAUGCAGUUAUUCAAGCUAUGUACAAAAUAUUCUCUUGCUUAUACUUAUGGUGCAAAUAAAUAUCUAUAAUGUCGAA